AUGAAUAGGGCAUUUACUCGUCAGCUUUCCCAUUCGAGGGUGUGUUUGAGGCCCGGGUAUUCAACGGUGCAACCGGUGCAUCAUUUAGUGCCCGUUGAAAAGGCACGCUUGAAGCCUGGAUUACAGCAAUUACUUUUACCAGCCGAUGAUAUACGAUCGAAUAAAUUCAAACCAACUGAGAUAUGUCAUGAUCGUGUAGCUGAGUAUUAUAGAAACACGUUGGAAUCUGAUUUACUUUUGCACUUUUACCAACAUGGAGCUACUAAAAUCGAGGGUAAUAAGAGAAGAGAAUGGGCAAAAGACUCACCAUAUAAGUUAUAUCGAGGCAAAAGAAAACCCAAGGGCGGCACUAGAGCUACCAAGGAUAUAUAUCCGAUUACCAGUACCAAUGUUCCCAAACUUACCAGUAUUGUGGUGCACGCGUAUAAUAAGAAAGCAUUGGAGUAUCCGUGGUUGAAUAUCUCAACCAGACUACAACUAUCAGUCAUCACCAAUGUCAAAGCGAAACAAAUCUAUAACAAGAUGAACAUUUUACCCUGGAAAGCAAGAGUCGGAAGACCAUGUGGCGGUAAAGUUGAACUUUUUGAUAGGGAUAUGAGCCAAUUUAUUAGCACAUUGACAGAGUUGGUGCUACCAAGAAUCAGAGCUUUCAAGGGGAUUAGUGUUACCUCUGGUGAUAGGAACGGUAACAUAAGUUUCGGAAUGACUGCUGAAGAUGUGCAAUUAUUCCCAGAAUUGGAAAAUUAUCAGGAAUUGUUUCCCAAUCUAUGUGGUAUAGAUAUUACUUUCAAGACAACUGCUCAAACAGAUGCUCAGGCAAAGACUUUAUUAAGUGCUUAUGGAUUCCCUUUUGCAAAGCCUGAGAAUUGA